CACAUCCUUCUCUUUCUCAUAUUUCUAUAUCAUUACCCAAGCCCCUUCAGUAUUGCAACGAUGUCCGCAAUCCAGAAUCAACUUCAACAAGGUGCUGUUCUUAGCUCUGUGUCGAAUGUCUGCCCACCAGGUACCAAGUUCCACGUCUUGGAAGUUGGUUGGCUUGAGUGUGACGAAGGUUUUGUGGUUCGAGGCGGCAACACAAGCGUGAAAAGCAACGAGAAAGAAUCUUUCGUUAACAAACGACGAGAGAUGCCCAUGUACUGCAUCUUGAUCGACCACCCCCAUGAGGGUCUGAUUCUUUGGGAGACCGGCUGUGGCAAGGACUAUCCCAAGGUCUGGGGCCCGGCUGUAUCUGAUAUCUUUGCUCGUGUCAAGUAUGAACCUCAGCACGAGCUCCGCGCAGCAGUCGAGGCGACGGGCAACAAAAUCGAGAAUAUCAAGAAGAUCAUUAUUGGCCAUCUUCAUUUAGAUCAUGCAGGAGGCCUCGACGAGUUCCUGGACAACAAAGAAGUUGAGGUCUGGGUCCAUGAGAAAGAACUGCUAUCUGCGUUCUGGUCCGUCGCCACUGGGGCUGAUGCUGGAGUGUAUUUGGGACAUUACCUUGAAUUGUCGUUAAACUGGAAAACCUUCACGGAUGAGCGCCUGGACUUUUGUCAGGGCAUCACUCUCCACCACUUGCCCGGGCAUACGGAUGGUUUGGUUGGAAUGCAAAUCAACAUGCUUGAGACGGGUACCUUCCUCUUUAUCAGUGACCAUUGCCAUGUCAUUGAGAAUUGGCGUGAUGGCAUUCCCCAAGGAUGGUUGGCAAGAGAUCACCCAGCCUGGUUCAGGAGCACCCAGCGUCUCAAGCACCUUGAGCGGAUUACCAAGGGUCAAGUUAUUCCCGGGCACGAUAAGGAAACCUUUUUAGCGCUUCAGAGGCAAGCUCAAGUUUUUACCUGAAUUGUAUGAUUUUGAAGCAUAUAUCCGUGCCAGUCUCGUUUCGCUUUUCUCCCCGAGGGCUCCAUGCCGGAUGAUACCAACCGGUGCUGCAUUUCUGUUGGAAUCGAGCAAAAUACAGGCAAUAAAUUUUAUAGAAUGCUUUCUGAAGAACUAUGCAUUGGGUUAACAGUCACUUCCUAAAUACAAAUAAAAUCAUGCAAUCUCAUCCAAGG